UUCACGAAUCUAUCAAAAUUGUACACCGUCUCAACUGUCAAGUUCUGGUGAUCGAUCUUGCCCUUCCAAGACCCGCGACUUCAGACAGAUCAGUAUGAAAUUUGCGAAAUCGCUGAGAGAUAGACGAAGCAGACAUGGAAGCCGCGAAUAUCAGGGGAGCCCACAGAUGGAAGAAGAAAGCUUCUCUUCACACUCCAAGAUCUGCACUUCUCACCGUUAUAGUAAUCUCCUCUAUCCUUCUCCUCUUCUUCUACUUCAGACGUUUUUUCGUUAUUCCGUCUGAACUUCCACUCUCCAGAAUUUCCCCGGCAUUCAGUACCUUACGAUGCGGUUCCUCCUCCAGAGAGAAGUUCCUCUGGUACGCUCCCCACAGUGGAUUCAGCAACCAGCUUGCCGAAUUCAAGAACGCCCUUCUAAUGGCUGCGAUUUUAAAUCGAACCCUGGUUGUCCCUCCCAUUCUCGAUCAUCACGCCGUUGCUCUGGGAAGCUGCCCCAAAUUCAGGGUUCUAAGCCCCCCUGACUUGAGAUUCGCUGUUUGGAAUCAUAGUGUUGAGCUCUUACGUAAUUGCAGAUAUGUUUCUAUGGCCGAUAUUGUUGACAUUUCAGUUACUGUGUCUGGUUCAGCAGUAAGUGUUGUGGAUUUUAGAGAUUUUGUGCAUGAAUGGUGUGGUGUGAAACCGGAUCACUCAUGCUCUAGAGACCAAAAGGCUCAACCUUCAUUGCUACAAAGACUAAAUGAAUGUGGGUCUUUUCUGUCUGGAAAAUACGGCAAUUUAGAGAGUUGUUUAUAUGCUGUAGAUGAGGAUUGCCGGACAGCGGUCUGGACAUACCAAAAAGACAGUGAAGAAGGUAGUUUAGACUCAUUUCAACCAGAUGAGAAACUCAAGAAGAAAAAAGAAAUUGACUUUGUUAGGAGAAGGAGAGAUGUAUACAAGACCCUAGGACUUGGCUCUUUUCCUGGAUCCUCCAAAAUUCUUGCAUUUGGAAGCCUUUUUACUUCCCCUUAUAAGGGUUCGGAGUCUCACAUCGAUAUCCACGAAGCUCCUAGUGAUAAAAGGAUCGAUUCCUUCAUCAAGAAGAUCAAAUACCUUCCCUUUGUUCCAGAAAUUCUUCAUGCUGGGAAGACGUUCGUUGAUAAUAGAAUUAAGGCUCCGUUUCUUUGUGCUCAGCUUAGGCUACUAGAUGGGCAAUUCAAGAACCACUGGAGAGCUACUUUCCAAGAGUUGAAGCAUAGGUUAGAAUCUUUGAAACAAACUGGACCUAACUCUGUUCAUGUGUUUCUGAUGACUGACCUUCCCAUGUCUAAUUGGACUGGUAGCUAUUUGGGUGAUAUAUCGAAAGAUUCAAGGAUUAAACUGUUUGUCCUUGAAAAAAAUGACAACCUGGUCACAGAAACUGCGGGGAGUAUCCUGAAUGGGAACCAUGGUAUGAAGUUUAGGUCCUUUUCAAAGCGUUCUAUCAAAGUUCAGGAGAAUCUGAAGAGUCAAACAUUGCCUGACGUGCUAUUAUACAUAGAGGAAACUAUAUGUAGCUGUGCUUCUCUUGGUUUUGUGGGAACUACUGGUUCAACUAUUGCAGAGAGCAUAGAACUGAUGCGGAAGUUUGAUAUAUGUAAAAGAUGAAACCUUUGUAAGGAUUCUUAUUACUUUUGGAGCUCUAUGGCCUGAGGUUGCCAAAUGAUACAGUUAGGACUUAGGAGAGGGUUAAGUCUAUUUUUUUUUAAAGGAAAACUGCUUAUAUUAAUAUCAUUAGGGUUCGGAUCGUU